AUGGUUAUUUGUUCAUCGUGUACUGUAAGUAUUCUGGUUACACAGAAACGUGUUAGAUGCUCAUCUGCAAAUUGUUCCAAUCAAUAUCAUCAGGAAUGCGUAAAAUUUAAUGAGACCUCUAUAUCACGUGCUAAGUGGACAUGUCCUACGUGCAGUAAGCAUUCCUCUAAGGGAGAGGACGAUAGCAAUGGGUUUACGAAAAAGAAUUCCCCAGUUCCUGCCAAUACAUCCCCGAACGCUUCUAUAUCGAUUACAAAUUCUUUCCAAGAAAUGGUUCUUGAUGAAAUACGUAGUUUAAGAAGUGAAAUAAAUAAAAAAUUUGCUGAACAACAUUUAUGCUUGAAUAAAUUCGACUCGUCUAUACUUUGCCUGCAGAAAGAUAUCAAGGAGCUUGGCUCAAAAUUCUCCGAAAUUCGAAAGGAAUUGGAUGAAGUUACUAAGUCUGUAAAUUUUCUUUCAGAAGUGCAUGAUGAUCAAAUAAAAAUUAAUGCCGAAAACACUAAGAUAAUCUCUAAACUCGCAGCUGAAAAUAAUUCUUUAAAAACUCAAUUAAAUGAUAUAUCUUGUCAUCUCGCUGAAAUAGAGCAAAGGUCACGAGAAUCGAAUAUUGAACUCCAAUGCGUACCUGAGCAUAAAACUGAAAAUUUAUUGACCAUCAUUCAACAACUAGCCAGUACUGUGUCGUACAAGUUAUGCGAUAAAGAUGUGUUAAGUUGUCACAGGGUUGCUAAAUUUAAUUCGGAUAGCAAAAGACCUCGCAGUAUUGUUUUAAAAAUGUUUAGCCCUAGAAAACGUGGC